AUGCAUGUCAUCGAACCGAUCCCGAGGAGACGUCUCGCCCCAGUUCCAUUCAUCUGUCGAUCAUCAAGCCCAGCUGACCACCUGGAGCGGGGCGUUAGUCCGGAUUUCCAUACCCUGCCAGAUGUUUGGACCUAUGUGGAAUUUUCUCCUACACCCAUUUCAUUACUUCCCCAUCACGUAUUCCAGCAGGGAGCUAUCUGCGGGGCACUGGAGCACAAUCCCGAACGACCCCAGGCAUGGAACCCUGGAACCUCUAAAGGCUUUGUUUGCCAACCCUGUGGGAUUCGCUUCAGCAGCCCUGGGACCCUGGAAGCCCAUCAAACCUACUAUUGCUCUGCUAGGAUUGAGGAUGGAGAAACACCAGCAACCAUCAGAGAGGUGAAUAAGUGCUUGGCAACCACCACCACCACCAACAGCAACAAGAGACAACGGAUGCACCAUCACAGCAGCACCAUCCACAAUAAGGCCCCACUGCCAAGACCAGAUGGUAGUGCCAAUGCUAGUCCAGACUCUGACACCACAGCACCACCAGUGGUCAUCUCACCACCACCACCACCACUACCUUCAGCUCUCACCAGCAGCAGAAGAGCAGCUGCAAAUCAAAUCCUGACCACCACAAGACUGCGUUUAGGCAGCAGCAGCAAUAGCAAAGGAAGUACCAUCACCAAAGCACCACCACCACCACCACCACAUGCUGACCUCAUGCUGGAUGGUGUCACUUCCACUUUGGUGCCACAACCACCACAGUCACAGGUGCAGCUUCCUUUGCCUCUACUGCCAGGACUGGUGUUGAGUGAGUCACUGGCCGUGCUCCACCAUCACCAACAGCAGCAGCACCACCAGCAGCAGGUGGUCACUGCUGGUCACAGGACCAACAAUAAUUCCAAUAGCUGUGGUAGCAAUAAUAGUUAUUGCCGUGAUUGUGGUAUCCAGUUCUCAUCAGCAAGCACUUACCAGGUCCACCGCAAACACUACUGCCAAGGUGGUGGUGGUGGUGUGCACCAACUGGAGGAUGAGGUGGUCCCAGGUGGUGGUGGUGCUGGUUUCCAUCCUGCCACUGCCACUUUGUUGGCAGCAGCUGCUGCUGCAGCCUCAGAUGCAUCCCUGUGUGUGGUACUGCCUACAAACCCACUGCUGGUCAUCCCAUACCAGGUUCUCCAGUGUGCCAGGUACAUCCCUGUGGGUGUGGUACCACCAGGGAGCAUCACUGUGGGACCUGAUGGCACCCUCACCACAACCACCGCAAACAACAGCAGCACCACCAUGAGUAACAACUCUUCAAGAGUGAGAAAAAGGCCAGCAACAAUUAUAAGAGCCUCAGGAGGGAGUGGUGACCACAGUAUUGAUGAUGAGGUUGUGGAGCCAUCAGCUGCUGAGCUUGAGGAAAAUAAGGCGCCAUUCUCACACCACCACCACCACCACAAUAGAGAAACACAUCAGCAACCAGCAAGGAGAAUGGUCAUGGUGGUGAAGCAGGAUGGUGGUGUUGUGGAGGAGUGUGGCGAUGGUGCUGCUGGUCCCUUGGACUUGUCCAAACCUCUGGCACAUGGUUCUUCUCUCCCACAACCGCAACCAUCAUCACAACUUACUGGAGAGUCUCCUUCUUCUGCUGAUGAUACUGUGGUCUCAUUGAUUACCACCACCGACAGCACCCACACUGAUUCGGGCACCGCCUCCCUGCGGUCCUAUGUGACCAAGAAGGGUGUGUCCAAGUGCAGUGCAUGUAACAUUGUGUUCUACAAGCGCGAGAAUUAUUUGGUGCACAAGGAGCACUACUGUGCCUCCAGAGGCGGUGGUGAAAGUAGUAUUACAGCUGAUGUGGGUGGUGCAGCUGGUGGGGGCAAGCAGGUGGUGCUGCAGCAACAACAGACAUGUGGCAUGUACACAUGUGGCGCAUGUGGAACCAGGUUUUCAUCACCCAAGAACCUCAGAGCCCACCAGAGUUACUAUUGCUCCAAUAAGCUGCAGCAGCAGCAGCAGCACCACCACCACCACCUCCUCCUGGUGCCAUCAUCAUCAGCACCUCUUGUCAGGAAUGGAAACCACAAACAUGGGAGUCCAAGUCCAACUGGUAGUGGUACCACUGUUGAAGGGACUGCUGGUGCUGGUGCUGGGCUUCAAAGGCUGUGGAGGUGUCCAUGCUGUGCCUUUGUCACAACAUCAGUGCCAGUGGCACAGUGCCAUCUGGAGGGCCAUGGUGGCCUGCAGGCAUUCACGUGUCGGUUGUGUGGUUACAAGGGCAACACCUUGAGAGGGAUGAGGAACCACAUUCGCAUGCACUUUGCAGACAACAAAAGCAAGCAGCAAGAUGUGUCAGAGGAGACCAUCAUUGCUCACAUUCUUGCAGGCCCUGAUGAAGAAGAAGAAGAAGAAGAAGAAGACCAGGACCAAAAAGAAGACCAUCAUAAUUGUGUUUCCAACAUGAAUGACUGCCAACUCAACCCUGAUGAUGCUUAUGGUGAUGAUGAUGAUGAUGAUGAUGAUCAAGAGUCAUUCCAGUCUUCUUCUUCAAUACCUUUUCGCAUCAUCAAAGAAAAAGACAAAGAAGAAAAAGACCACCAUCAAAAACGCCUCAUGAUGCUUCUUCUCAGGCAGCGGCAGCAGCUUAGACACAAAGCAUCACCAGUCCACAAUGAGGAGGAGGUAGAAGAAGAAGAAGAAGAAGGUUCUAGUCAAGACCAGUUGCUGUUCCACACCAAGAAACACAGGAGUAAUAAGACACUAAGAAUGUGUAAAAACUGCCAUGUGCCUUUGCCACAUUUGUCAGCCCUGGUUGAGCACAAAAAGUCUGGUUGUGUCACAAUAACAACAACUGGCAGCAACUCAUCAUCACCAUCAUCAUCAUCAGAGCUUGAUAAUAAGGAAUAACAUCAAUAACAAUUCAAAGUCUCAAAAAACUUUGACUGAGACCUGUUUUUUUGUCAGUAUUCAAGAUUGAAAAUUUAAAUACACCUGGGGAACCACCAGCAAAAUUGUGUUCCCAGUCAUUGCCAAUGAAAAAUGCCUCACUUUCUGCAAUUUUUUGUGGGUUUCUCUCCUGCCUAUUGAUGAUUGAUUUGUGUUAUUUUUCAAUAACUGUCCUUGCAUUCCAAUGGUUUUCUUUUGUUAAUGCA